AUGCAGGAGUUCCUGAGGCUGCUGAGGGAGCAUGAGGAUGCCAGCUCUCCCACACCAGAUUUGGUGACCCUGGCAGGCAAGCUGUGUCGGGACUUCCAAGACAAACCUGUUCAGGUGCUAUGUUUGGUGGAAGCCAUUCUGAACAGCAAGCAUCGUUUGGCUCUUCUGAAAAAUGAAGAUGUGACCACGGUGUGUGUCCAGGUCCUGAUCCAGCAGGAGCGGCUCCUUUUAGCCCUCCAGAUUCUAGAGGUGUGUCACGUGCCAGGAGGCAGCCAGGAGCUGGUAGAACUCUGGAAUGACAUCCACUACCAACUGACCAUGAGGAGGCUGGGUGUCACUGAACUGACUGCAGCACAGAGGUUUCGCUGCAGGAAGAGGAAUCCACCACCCCUUACCUUCUGCCCUGAGGGUCCUAAGAGCCGGAACUUUCUCCCAGAGAUUCGGAGCUGUCUGCAGGACUUUGCCAGAGGUGUGACUGCUUAUCCCAAGAAGGCCCAGUUGGAAAAACUGGCAUCGGAGACAGGCUUGACUACUGAGCAAGUGUACAGCUGGUUUGCCAAUUAUCGGCGGCAUCAGAAGGCUCUUCUCCAGCAUGUGGCAAGAGCCCAGGAGCCCACAUCUGAAGUUUCCCAGGCAAAGGAUCCUGUUCCUGAGCCAGUACAGCUGUCAGGAAAGCAUUGUGUGUCUCUGACUGUAUCUCAGUGCUCAGAUGGAUGUGAAGGAAGUGAGACUCUAAGGUCCCCAGAGACCACCCAAAUACCUAAGGGGCUGACGUCCCCAGCUGAGAGGUUUUCAGGAGAGAACACAACAUCACCACCACUGGGUUUCAGGUCACUCUAUGGAUGUGAAAGACACCCGGAGUGGCGAGGUCAUCAUCCUGCCAGUCUCACAUCCAUGGGCUCUGACCCUGGGCCUGGCUUCUGCCCUCUGGCUACUGGCAGUAGUAACAUGCUUGAUUCCUCUAUGAAUACCCCUGAGUCUUGGAUGAUGCCCAAGACUUCACUGCCAUCCUCCAAGGAAGUUUUCCUCCCAGUGGAGCAGCCGGGCCAUAUGCAAAUUCUGAACUCUGGGAUGGAUGCUGAAGUCUCUCCUUUGUCCGUGGCCAUUGCUGCCCUCACUGAUCUCAGCCAUGCAG